AUGGCCGACACCGAGGGCUACAAGGUUCGUCUCAUCUCAUUUAAGAUUUCUGCUACAUUUCAAUUCAAUGCUGACGCUCAGGUCGGUGAGGCCAAGACCAUGGCCGAGCUCGCCGCCCUCGACCAGGAGGAUGAGUCGCUGCAGCGCUGGAAGGCCUCGCUCGGCCUCACUGGUGGUGCCGGCGGCAGCGGCAAGAAGGAGGUCGUCCCCGUCUCCCUCUUCCUCACCUCCCCCACCCGCCCCGGCGGGGACAUCACCCUCGACCUCACCCUGCCCCCCGCCGACAUUGCCAAGCUGAAGAAGGACCCUAUCGACAAGACUGAGGCGAUGCUCGGAUCAUAUGGACCCCAGGAGGAGCCGUACACCAAAGUCGAGGCGCCCACGGGCAUGCUCGCGCGCUCUGGUUCGUACGCCGUGCGCUCGCGACUCAUCGACGACGACAACAAUGUCUGGAUCGACGUCGAGUGGGGCUUCAAGCUGUCCAAGGACUGGUAA